AAUAACAUAACAGAGUAUCCAAAAGACGUUACAAAGUUAAUUGACACUGCUGCUUGGAUUCCUCCAACUUGUGGUUUAUCCGCAAUUCUAGUAGGUUCUAUGUUUCCUUUAGCUGAUUAUUGGUUCAUGCGUAAACCACAAGAGUUUCAAAGAGAAUGGAGAACUGGUGUUAUGUAUAUUUUAGUUGCUAAUGGAAUUUAUAGUUUUACACAUGCUGAUUUUUUUGGUGUGCGUUCUUGGAUUCCUUGUAUUUUAUAUUCUUCAUGUGUAUGUUUUGGCACAAUAGGAAGGCAAUUAAUGAUAGUACCAGAAGAUUGGUAUGAUGGGAAUGAACAAAAUAAAUUUUGUGAAGCAGAUUGUUUGAUAUCAGUAAAAGGAGAAUGA